CAUCGUCGCUGGCAGCGAACUCGACGUUAUCCCUUUCUUCAUAUCGGAAAAUUACUUGUAUUUUCUCCUAAUAAUAUUUUGAAAGGAUUAUUUGGAGGCCAGGAGGCCGAAUAUCCGUAUCUGCAAGGGAACGUCACACUCCGGUUUUGAAUAUCUGCUUUUUACUUUGACGUCCAGCAGGAGGCGGCUGCUAUGCCUUCCUUUGUUCCGUAACGUGAACAGUCCAGCUGGUCGGAGUGUAUGGAUAAUCCUCAGCAUUACCAGCCUUUGUCCCACGCCCUGCACCUCCCCGUAGGUGCCCAAGCCCCCGCUGCGUAUACACAGACAGGCUAUAAUUCCAAGCUACGACAUGACGACGACGACGACGACGACGACGACGAGGUCGUGGCCCAGCAACUCAACCGGUCAGAAGAAACCCAAGCAAGUAGCACGUCGAGUCCAGUUAUGAAGACAACGAGUGCACCGACACAGCAGCAGGAUGAACCAAUCAUACAUCAAUACGAACCGGAGCAAAAGCGAAGGCCAGGUCGGCCGCGCGGGUCCAAGAAUCGACGCAACCGCUCCAGCCAACCGCCGAGCAAACCAGUGACUCAGUAUUCCCAUCCGCCUUUACACCCUAAUGGCCCCGGAACGGCACCACCCCAACAUCCAGACGUGAAUGCCCAGAACCAGCAAUACUACGAAUUCCAAUGGCGCGUCUUGAAUCUGUGUGCAGAGUUCUACAAUGCCGCGGAAGAACUGGUGAAAGGCGCGAACCCAUUGGUUGUUGCCCAGUGCUAUCAUUCCUCGCCAGGAAACAAGGUCGAUCCCUUGGUCAUGCUGAACGAGGCCAAGCGUAUUUGCGAUACUCUACUAGCGAACCCAUCUCGCCUCAUAACAACACCACCACCACCCAUGUAUCCAGUUAUACCGACUCUGUACCAGCCUCCUCAACCCACUGUGCCACCAGCUGGAAUAGCGACCACGUCUAAUGUCGCUCCGGCUGCCGUCAUAAACCAGCCUCAGUCAUUCGUUGUGUCUAUGGGCGGACCCCAGUAUCCUAUGUAUGCUCCGCCGCCUGGUCAAUACCCUGCAGCUCCCUACUAUCAAUACCCACCUUACGUGCCAGGCCCGCAAUACUACGGCGCACCUCCGCCUCCGCCUCCGCCCCCGCCUCCGCCUCAGCAGCCCCUGCCUCAGCCACCUCAGCAACAGCAGCUGCAACAGCAACAACCACAGCAGCAACCACAGCAACAGCAACAGCAGACAGCAGCAGUGCCAACCCCUACAGUCUCAACAACAAUGCCGGGGGUUGGUGGCAAUCAAGGAGCAUGGUCAGACGAAGAAACUGAAAGAUUAAAGGCCCUUGCAGAGGAAAGCAAGUCACAAAAUAGUACGGGAGAAAUGGAAUGGGACUGGGUGGUAAGUCGAUUUGGGCAUGAUCGUACACGGCAUCAAAUUCUGAUCAAAGCUACUCAGCUUGGUCUAAAAGAGAGCAGCACACGAGCCGUAAAUUCACGGGGGGUAAAACGGCGCCGAGAGACGGACGGUGAGACUGCGAGUCCGCCCGUUCCUGCCGAGACGACGUCUCCUACAUCUGCCAAUCCGGCCAAUACGAACCCGUCACCGUCUGCCAGCCAUGGACAGUCAACUCCUGGGGCAUCGCCGUCGAUGCAGAAUCAGCCCAAACCUUCCGCAUCUACGUCUAAAGUGUCAUUGCCGUGGCCGAUGCCUACAGUGGCCGUCAACACACCUUCGCCUGUGGUGACCUCGUCGUCUCAUGAUCGUCCGUAUUACCGCCCACGGCCGACGGACACAUCUUCCAAGCCUCUUAUGGGACCCCCAGUACAGCAUCAAUAUAUGUAUCAGCCUAAUGGGAACACGAGUUCGGUGAUGAAUGGCAAGUAGUUUUGGAAAACGGUCAUGGUUUUAGCUUUAUGUCCUAACGAGUUGUUCACUUCAUUGUGUUUUCUACUUUGAACGCUACAGGUAUUUAUACCGUAUUCCUUUCUGUCGUCUUUUUGUUAGUCCUGCUUGUAUAGGUUAUGUAUACGUCUUGUACUACGUACGAUACGUGGCCACGGUUAAAAAUUCCUUCUCUGUAGCUUCUCUUGGACUUUCUGUCGUCAUUGGUGUAAUGCUACCUUGUAUUUCAUAAACGCAUGCUAUUCAUUCACGG